UGAGAAGUUUAUAAAUUAAGCUCCAAAUUGAUCCAUAAACAUAAAGAAAUCUAUUGUGAUCCAUAUGAAGCUAAUAGUAAGGUUUUUGUUGCCUCUAAAAAUAAAUAAUACAUGUGUCAAACUAUAUAUUUCAUACGUUUCUUUCCCCUUGCACAUAAAAUUUGGAAAGGACAUUACAAUCUUUCAUUUUAUUUCUCUCCCAUUCUCGACUCCACCUCUCUCUAUCUCUCACUUCAACUGUAACAAAGAAACAUCUUUUGCUUCUCUUUAAUUAUGCUGCUCUGUUUUUAGCCCCUUGUAUUGUCCCUUAACCACCACCCACGAAACUUAAACUGACUUAGCCAAGGUUGUAAGAUUUCACGUUGGGUUUAAUAUUCCAGGCUCUUCCGUGGAGGUCCAGUUAUGUCGUAAGGCAGUGGCUUAUUUCUUACACCAUUCAUGAUGGAGCCAAUUCACUUGAACAAUUAUGGCACUUCUAUUGAAGAACCAAUUUUUGAGCAGUUAAUUCAUCCAAGCUCUGAGAUUAGUGGCAUAGCUGGAGAUCCCCAAGUGAAUCCUCGAGUUGGGGAUGAAUACCAGGCAGAAAUUCCUACCAUGAUUUCAGAAUCUGAACGUUCUCGGCUUUUAGUAAAUCCUUAUGAUUCAGAAGGCAUGGUUGAUAGUUCCCAUUCCUUUCUAAUGGGUUUACCCUUCCCUGUUGCUUGGGUCCAUAACAAAACAAAUGAUGAAGAGGAUAAAGGAUGCGGAAUGAACAUCCCUGAGAAUUCAUUCAAUGCAAAUGCGUCUAGAAAAUCUAGAACUUCUAUGAAGAAGAAAGGUUCAAAACAAAAUGCUGAUCCACUGGAUCUUGGCUUGGGUGAUGGACAGGAAUCAAAGCCAGCCAAUCUUGGAUCGAAGGUGGCAGUGAAAGCUAAUUUACCUCAGCUGCAUAAAAAUGAAAACUGUGACCUUGUUCCUGGUUCUUUCAAUCAUUCAUGGAGUGAUGCUGAAGUAAAUAGUUUUAUUCUUGGUUUAUAUAUAUUUGGAAAAAGUUUUCUCCAGAUAAAGAGAUUCAUGGACAACAAAGAGAUGGGGGAUAUAUUGUGUUUUUACUAUGGGAACUUUUAUGCAUCUGAUGUAUACCACAGAUGGUCAGAUUGCCAGAAGAAAAAACGAAAGAAAUGCAUCUAUGGGCAGAAACUUUUUACAGGGUGGAGGCAACAGGAACUUCUCUCUCGUUUGCAUUGCCAUGUCCCUGAGCAUUCUCAAAGUACUUUGCUAGAGGUCUCUACAGCAUUUUCAGAGGGAAAAUUAUCUCUAGAAGAUUAUGUAUUUAACUUAAAGGCUAGUGUUGGCAUUCAAGCUCUUGUAGAUGCUAUUGGAAUUGGUAAGGGGAGAGAAGAUCUGACAAGUCUUGCCAUGGAAACUGGAAAAAACAAUCCAUUGUUUGCUGGUUGCCCAAUUGGCAAAGCUUGCUCUUCCCUAACUUCCAGUGACAUAAUCAAAUUAUUGACUGGGGGCUUCCGUCUGAGCAAAGCUCGUUGUAAUGAUAUCUUCUGGGAAGCUGUCUGGCCCCGUUUGCUGGCAAGAGGAUGGCACUCUGAGCAACCAAAGAAUCAGAUAUACAUGGGUUCCAGUCAUUGUCUGGUAUUUCUCAUUCCUGGUGUUAAGAAGUUCUCGAAAAGGAAACUUGUGAAAGGUAAUCACUACUUUGAUUCAGUUAGUGAUGUUCUGAGCAAAGUGGCAUCUGAACCAAAACUUAUUGAGCUUGAAACUGAAGAAGUUAGAGGCAGCAUCUACAAUGAGGAGGACAGGUGGGUUGCAGAAGUAUCCUCGGACCAGGAUGACCCAUCCAUUCGACAAUCCCAUCGCUACCUCAAACCUCGUGUUUCUAGUUGCAACCUGAACCUUGUGAGAUUCACUAUUGUUGAUUCUGGUUUGGUUGAUGGAGGAAAAUUAUCCAAAAUGAGAGAAAUGAGAUAUGCACCGGAUGAUUUGAAAGUUAAAUCCAUGUUUACUACUCUUUCGAGUAACAUUGAGGUGAUUCUUUUGGAGAACUUGCAGAAUGACAAUGAGUUACAGGUUACUGAUAACUCAGUGGAUGGUCCAAAGAAUAUCAAUAAAGUUGAAUGUUGUAAAAGAAUAUUUAAUGGUUGUGGCUCCAACCAUACAAAGUUCACCAUUGUGGAUACCAGUUUGAUUGAUUUAGGAAAAUCAUCAAUGGUGAGAGAACUGAGAUAUGCUCCAGUUGGUGUCAAAGUUGCUUCUGAAAUGUCCAAAUCAUCAAAGAAAAAUGAAGGGAAUUCCUCUAUGGAGUCAUUGGACUGGAAUGUGCCAGUGGCAACAAAUAAGCUGCUUAAUGGGGAAAAGGAUGCAUGUAAGUCCGACCAUAGUGAGGAUGUGAUUGGUAGCAGUAGCUCAGAAAAGAAGGAAGUCAACCGAGAUUUCAGGAACAAAUUGGUGGAAAGCCUUCAGGAUAAUAACCAUGAGUCAGCCAAAAAUCAAUCAACAAGGUCUAUAAAGCACAAAUUCAGUCGAAGACCAAAAUCUGGCAAUUCAAAUAAUUUAGUUCCUGUUGUCAAACGACGGAGAUUAACUGCUUGUGCUAAUACAGAGAUAAGCCAUGUCAUUGAGAAUUUCUCUGUCGGCCUGGGGUCAAAACAAGAAGAGUCUUGCUGUCCUUUGAACUCAAUAAAGGAAGGCAGCAGCAGGCUUCAAGGUAUUACUCCUCAAAAGUUAUCAUUAACUACUUCCUUAGUUGAAGGCUGUCUGGAAGAGAGCGCUGGAAGCAUGUUGGAUAAAACUUUAGAUGGGGAAGCAUCUCAUGGGACAAAUGCGAAACAUCAAAGCCCAUCUUUGAUUGACUUUAACCUGCCUGAAGUUCCAUUCUACUCUGAAGCACUGAUGGAUGCUGAAAGCAGCCAGGGAUCAAAUGUUAAACUUACAUGCUUUCCAUCCAAUUUAGAUAAGCCUGAUUCUGAGGCAUUGAGUGCCAGUGUUGAUGCUUGUACUGCAGCAGAGAAGCCUGGUAUGAACCCCAGAAGACAAAGCACAAGAAACAGACCUUUGACCACUAGAGCAUUGGAAGCUCUUGAAUGUGGAUUUAUGGGUAGUGUGAAGAGGCAAAAGAGCAUGCAAGUUCAGACACAAGAACUUCCACUUCCCAGUUCUUCCCGUUGGUCUCACAUCAAAGUUAAAUUUACAGCAAGUCGUGGUAAAAUUGACUCUGGAAUUGUGGAUGCAAAGGAAGGGGAGACCACUGGAACUCUAAACAGGAAAAAUUUGUCGACAAAACUCCCGACUGAACAGAAGAAAAGUUGCUGACCAAUUAGUGGCAAUAUCCAGAAGCUGUCUACAGCUACUGAGAUUGCUUUUGCUGUACUUUGACUUGCAAGUUAGAUCCUUAAUAACUAUAUAAAGAAAAAAUUGCUUGACAAUGUAUAUACUUUGGUUUUGACAUCCUUUAUUAAUUAAUUAUAUUAAAAUAGUAUAUAA